UUAUUUAUUUUUUGCAUUCCAGUGGUUGUCUAGCAAAAAAGAAUGAAGACUUCAUACUACUGCCUCUUGUUUUUGUCUUUGGCCUUGGCAAACACAGUCAUCAGCGAUGAGUAUGAAUGCUCUCAUGAAGAUUUACCUAAAGAAUUUUUCAAAUUAAGCAAGACACACAUUAAAGAUUCAAAUAAGAGAACAAAAAAUGCUGGUGGAAAUGCUGCUUUUAAUCAACCUAUCCGUAUAUUUGUUCAUUACAACUUUACUGCACAUGAUGGAUCAUUAUCUCAGCCGGCGCAAGACAGAGUUAGGGCUAUGAUGACAGCAUUGACAAACAAUUUUCAGUCAAUUCUUACUGUGAGGAGAAGUCCAAAUUCAAUUCUAAUAAACAGGCAAUGUGAAAAUGAAACUUUGAAUGACUCAUCCAAGCCUUGCUUUUAUCAAUGUGCAGAUGAUGCAAGACUCUGUGGUGUCUUUGACACACCAACAGAGCAUUUACAGGUAAGUAAGCUUAUUGAUGAAGUCCUGCAAUAAUCUACUUGUAAUAUGUUC